AUGUUGCGGAUAAUCCUAAUCGCCGCCUGCCUAGGCCAGCUGGUCCUGGCUCAGGCGGAUCUUAAAGAUCUCGUUGGACCCAAUAUCUGCAAAAGAAGAGAAGUAUAUAACGUAGAGGUUGUCUACACGGAACUGCAAUCCUACCAGGAACGCGGCUCCACGUGGUGCGUUACAUUCCCACCAAGGUGCUCCACAUAUCGCAUUAAGAACCGAGUGGUCAAUAAAACCAAUACGAUUGCGAAGACUCGUAUUGUAAGGGACUGUUGUGAUGGCUACAUCGCAAGCGCAGGAGAAUGUGUGCCGCACUGCUCGGAACCCUGCCAGCACGGAAGAUGCAUCUCCCCGGAGAAGUGCAAGUGCGAUCAUGGUUACGGAGGACCCGCCUGCGAUAUAAAUUGCCCACCCGGCUGGUACGGCCGGAACUGCUCGAUGCAGUGCGACUGCCUGAACAACGCGGUGUGUGAGCCCUUUUCAGGCGACUGUGAGUGCGCCAAGGGCUACACCGGAGCGCGCUGUGCGGACACCUGUCCGGAGGGCUUCUUCGGGACCAACUGCUCGGAGAAGUGCCGAUGCGAGAACGGCGGCAAGUGUCACCACGUGUCCGGCGAAUGCCAGUGUGCGCCUGGCUUCACGGGUCCCCUAUGCGAUAUGCGCUGUCCGGACGGGAAACACGGCGCCCAGUGCCAGCAGGAUUGUCCCUGCCAGAACGACGGAAAGUGCCAGCCGGAGACCGGGGCUUGUAUGUGCAAUCCGGGCUGGACGGGCGACGUGUGUGCGAACAAGUGCCCCUUGGGCAGCUACGGCCCGGGAUGCCAAGAGAGCUGCGAGUGCUACAAGGGAGCGCCCUGCCACCACAUCACCGGACAGUGCGAGUGUCCACCCGGAUAUCGCGGGGAACGCUGCUUCGACGAGUGUCCGCUGAACACGUACGGAUUCAACUGCAGCAUGACCUGCGACUGCGCGAACGAUGCCGUGUGCAAUCGGGCCAACGGAACGUGCAUGUGCAAUCCUGGCUGGACGGGUGCCAAGUGCGCUGAGCGGAUCUGCGAGGCGGACAAGUACGGACUGGACUGUAACCGCACCUGCGAGUGCGACAUGGAGCACACGGAUCUCUGCCACCCGGAUACGGGAAAGUGCCAGUGCAGCAUCGGGUGGAGCAGUGCCCAGUGCACAAGACCCUGCACCUUCCUGCGAUAUGGUCCGAACUGCGAGCUGACCUGCAACUGCAAGAACGGAGCCAAGUGCUCGCCGGUCAAUGGGACGUGCCUGUGUGCGCCGGGCUGGCGAGGACCCACCUGCGAGGAGAGCUGUGAGCCCGGCACAUUUGGCCAGGACUGCGCCCUGCGCUGCGACUGCCAGAACGGAGCCAAGUGCGAGCCGGAGACGGGCCAGUGCUUGUGCACGGCGGGAUGGAAGAACAUCAAGUGCGACCGGCCGUGUGAUCUGAACCACUUCGGACAGGACUGCGCCAAGGUGUGCGACUGCCACAACAACGCCGCCUGCAAUCCGCAGAACGGAAGCUGCACCUGUGCCGCCGGCUGGACGGGGGAGCGGUGCGAUCGGAAAUGCGAAACCGGCAAAUUCGGACACGAGUGCACCCAGAAGUGCCAGUGCGACUUCAACAACAGCCUGGCCUGCGACGCCACCAAUGGAAGAUGCGUGUGCAAGCAGGAUUGGGGAGGCGUUCAUUGCGAGACCAACUGUCGGAGCGGUUACUAUGGUGAAAAUUGUGAUAAAGUUUGCAGAUGCCUGAACAACUCCUCCUGCGACCCCGAUUCCGGUAACUGCAUCUGCUCCUCCGGUUGGACUGGUGCCGACUGCGCGGAACCGUGCCCUCCUGGAUUCUACGGCAUGGAAUGCAAGGAACGCUGCCCGGAGAUCCUACACGGCAACAAGAGCUGCGAUCACAUUACAGGUGAAAUUCUGUGCCGCACUGGCUACAUAGGACUUACCUGUGAGCACCCAUGUCCUGCCGGGCUCUACGGACCCGCCUGCAAGCUCAAGUGCAACUGCGAGCACGGCGGCGAGUGCAACCACGUGACCGGCCAGUGCCAGUGCCUGCCAGGCUGGACAGGUGCCAACUGCAACGAGUCCUGCCCCACGGACACGUACGGUCAAGGAUGCGCCCAGCGCUGCCGCUGCGUGCACCACAAGGUGUGCCGCAAGGCCGACGGCAUGUGCAUCUGUGAGACUGGAUGGUCGGGUCCCCGGUGUGACGAUGUCUGUCCGGAGGGAUUCUACGGCGAGCACUGCAUGAAUGAAUGCGUCUGUCCAUCGGCCAACUUCCAGUGCCAUGCGUCCCACGGCUGUGUGUGCAGGAGUGGCUACACCGGCGAUAACUGCGACGAACUAAUCGCCUCCCAACGUGUUGCAGAAAGCGAGACGUCAAGCCGGGCGAGUGUGGCGCUGACUAUAGUCUUGAUGACCUUGUUCGCUUGCAUAAUCUUCGCAGUCUUCUUUUACUACCGCCGACGGGUGUCCAACCUAAAAACGGAAAUCGCCCAUGUGCACUACACCCAUGAUACGAAUCCCCCGAGCUGGCCACCCAAUCACAACUUCGACAAUCCGGUGUACGGCAUGCAGGCGGACACGCGUCUACUGCCCAACAAUAUGCGUUCCAAGAUGAACAACUUUGACCAGAGGAGCACGAUGAGCACGGAGUACGGCGAUGACUCCAAUGCCUGUGGCAGGGUAGGCAGCUACUCGAUCAACUACAACCACGACCUGCUAACGAAGAACUUGAAUGCGGACCUGACCAAUCCGAUUGUGUACAAUGAAUCCCUGAAGGAGGAGCAUGUCUACGACGAGAUCAAGCACAAGGAGGGCUACAAGGAUCCCGUGAAAAUUUAUAGCAAGAUUUUGUUUCCCGACGAUGAAUAUGAUCACCUGGACUACUCGCGUCCCAGCACAUCGCAGAAGCCGCACUACCACCGCAUGAACGACGCCAUGCUCAACAUCAACCAGGACGAGGAGAAGCCCAGCAACGUGAAGAACAUGACUGUGCUGCUGAACAAACCGCUGCCGCCCACGGAGCCGGAGCCACAGCACGAGAGCUUCGACAAUACGAACACCAACCUGGACAACGUGUCUACGGCGUCGCCCAGUUCCAGUCCGGAAUUUCGGAAGUAG